AUGUCAUGGGUAGAUCUGUUGGAUGAAAGCACCAGGCAUGCCCGAAAGCCCCCUCACCCGAGUGUCCCCUGUCCACCAUCAGGCAGCAAACAGCUGGCUCCCCCUGUGUCACCCACCAAGCUGUCUGCCUCAGAUCAGGAGACUUUAAGGCUAGCUGACUCAGAUCAGGAGACGGAGGAGUCCCAGACCUCCAAGGAGUCAAUAAGAUCUAUAUGUGAGUUUUGCCAGAGUCCUCUACGCCCACAAAACAGAGUCCAUCCCUCACCUCCAAGAGCCACACCCCUUCCCUCCGCCACAAAUAGGAAUGGCCGGAAGUGGCUUCCCCCCAACUUCCGUCUCCGGACCACUCUUCGAAGUGAAACAUUGUUCCAGCGGGCCGGAUCAGGAGAGCUGAGCAAAAGAAUUGUCAGGAAUAAUUCCAGACACCGUCUGGAAUUUCGGUCACUGGUUCACCUGCCCACAUCUCUGUUGCACCAGAACAAAGCCAUCAUGCCUCGGGGUCAGAAGAGUAAGCUUCGUGCCCGUGAGAAACGUCGCCAGGCCCAAGAAGACUCACAAAAUCUGGGUCUUCAGAGAGCAACAUUCACCACCACUACAGCUGCAGCUCUUUCAUUCAUGAGAUCGAUUGAAGGUGCUAAUGAAGUAGAGGAAAGGCCAAGAUUCUCCCAGAAUCCAACAGACACUCAGCCAUUUUAUAGAAGCCCUCUAGAAGAAAAGGUGUUUAUAUUGGUAUACUACCUGCUUUACAAAUAUCAAAUGAAAGAGUUUAUUACCAAGGCAGAUAUGCUGAGAAAUGUAAUUCAGAUCUAUAGGAAUCAAUUCCAUGAGAUCCUUGGGAAAGCCUCUGAGAAACUGGAGCUGGUCUUUGGCCUUGACGUGAGGGAAGUAGAUCCUAAUAAGCACAUCUAUGUCCUCAUUAACAAACUAGAACCAACUUAUGAUGGCAGACUGAGUGUUGAUAGUAGUGUGCCUGAGACUGGUCUGCUGAUGACUGUCCUGGGCGUGAUCUUCAUAAAGGGCAACUGUGCAACUGAGGAGCAAGUCUGGGAAGUGCUGAAUAUGAUGGGGUUAUAUUCUGGGCAGAAACACUUCAUUUAUGGGGAGCCCAGGAAACUCAUCACAAGAGAUUUAGUGAAAGAAAAUUACCUGCAGUAUCAGCAGGUGCCUAACAGUGACCCUCCACGCUAUGAAUUCCUGUGGGGUCCUAGAGCUCAUGCUGAAACCAGCAAGAUGAAAGUUCUUGAGUUUUUGGCCAAGAUCCAUGAUACCGUCCCCACUGCCUUCCCACUCUAUUAUGAAGAGGCUUUGAGAGAUGAGGAAGAGCGAGCCCGAGCUCGAGCCACAACUAGGGCUCGUAUCGCUGCCAUGGCCAGUGCACGUGCCAAGGCCUUGGCAAGCAGCUCCUCCCACCCCUAG